UGCGACUGGUCUCUUUCUCUCUCUUCACUCUCUUCUAAAUGUUUACACCGCUUGAAGAUUUUUCUAAGUGUAUGAGCCCUUAAAAACAGACGCCUUUUUCCUGCUUUUUCACCUCAAUUUCGUCCAUGGAAGUUGGUUUCUAGCGGCGAUAUCACAGCAAGAAAUACUCCGGGAGUUCUUGGCCGGCAAGGACCAUGCCGACUCUGCAGAGCUCCGCCGUCCUCCUGCUGCUUCUGAGCCUCCUGAUUGGUCUGAGCUACUCUCUGAACCCAAGAGACCCCAAUGUGUGCAGUCUGUGGGAGAGCUUCACCACCUCAGUGAAAGAGUCCUACUCUCAUCCUUACGACCACGUGACGGAGGAGCCCUGCUCCGACCCUCGGACCUCCUACAGAUGCAUGCGCCACAGGAUCACCUACAAGACGGCCUACAGGCAGGCGGUGAAGACAGACUACCGCAAGAGAUACCAGUGCUGUCCAGGAUAUUACGAGAGCAGAGACAAGUGUGUCCCUCGCUGCACCAAGGAGUGUGUCCACGGUCGAUGUGUCGCUCCAGAUCGUUGCCAGUGUGAGGGAGGCUGGCGAGGAGAAGACUGUUCCAGCGCCUGUGAUGACAAACACUGGGGGACUGGCUGCAGUCAGCAGUGCAAGUGUGAGAACGGAGCUCUCUGCGAUCCGGUCAAGGGGACGUGUCAGUGUCCUCCCGGGUUCAUAGGACGCUACUGCGAGGAGUCCUGUCCAGCCGGGACCUUCGGGAAGGGCUGUCUGCAGAGGUGCAAAUGUGGUACCGGAGGAUCCUGCGAUAAAGAAACCGGAGAGUGUUCAUGUCGGGAUGGAUUCACUGGGACUUUCUGUGAGAAGGCGUGUCACAGGAAAUGCCAGGCGCGAUGCCCCUGCCAGAAUGGUGGCAUCUGUAAAGGCAAAGGCAUCUGCGACUGCCCACCUGGAUGGACGGGUGCCGUUUGCACAGAGCGAUGUUCAGAGGGAAGGUUUGGACAAAACUGUGCUGGCGAGUGUGUCUGCCACAACAGAGGCAAAUGUGACCCCGAAUCUGGACAGUGCCAGUGUGCUAAAGGUUUCACUGGUAACAGGUGUAAUGAUGAGUGUGCUGCAGGGACGUACGGUCAGGACUGUAAAGGCGUGUGUGACUGUGCUAACGGCGCACGCUGCUACAACAUCGAUGGAGCCUGCUUGUGCGAGCCGGGUUUCAGUGGUCCACACUGCAGGGACAGGAUGUGUGCACUCGGCAAAUACGGCAUGCACUGUGAACGCACAUGUCUCUGCCAGGACAAGCACACACUCAGCUGCCACCCGAUGAAAGGAGAAUGCACAUGCCAGCCAGGGUGGGCGGGACUGUUCUGUAACGAGACCUGCGCUCACGGUUUCUACGGUCACGGCUGCCUGGAGCCGUGUCUGUGUGUGAAUGGAGGAGUGUGUGACAGUGCCACCGGACAAUGCCAGUGCCCCCCCGGGUACACGGGGGUUCACUGUGAGAGUCCAUGUAAAAGUGGCACCUAUGGAAAGAACUGCUCCCUGGAGUGCUCCUGUGACAACUUUGUGGACUGCUCACCGGUUGACGGGACUUGCUUCUGCAAAGAGGGCUGGCGUGGGCCGAACUGUUCCACCCCCUGCUCCGAGGGAACCUGGGGCCCAGGAUGCAACGCCACCUGCCACUGCGCCAACGGGGCAAAAUGUAAUCGUGCAGAUGGAUCCUGCGCCUGCACAGCCGGCUGGAAGGGGGUUCGCUGUGAUCAACCGUGCCCGAUGGGCACGUUUGGGCCAGGCUGCCUGAAGAGGUGUGAUUGUGUUCAUGCCGACGGCUGCCAAGCUACCACCGGGGAGUGCCACUGUCUGCCAGGUUGGUGGGGUUCCCGCUGCAGCGAGCCAUGUUCGGAGGGCCUGUGGGGGCGACACUGCAACCAGACCUGCUUCAAACAUUGCCCCAACAGCGACACAUGCCUGAGGGAAAACGGAGCAUGUGUGUGUCGCCCGGGCUUCUGGGGAGUCACCUGCCAGAACAAGUGCAGAGCUGGGAUGUAUGGGGAGCAGUGCAGCAUGUCCUGCCCAUCCUGUGGCCAGUCGUACCGCUGCCACCAUGUGACCGGAGAGUGUGACUGCCUACCUGGACACACUGGACCCAACUGUGAUCAAGUUUGUCCAGCUGGCUACUACGGCAAACAGUGCUCUGAAGUGUGUGUUAACUGCGCCAACAACUCCACAUGCGACCACCGGGACGGUCACUGUGAAUGUUUGCCAGGCUGGACAGCUACUGACUGCUCCAUACCCUGUAGUCCAGGUCGUUUUGGUCCGUUCUGCUCUCAGACCUGCUCCUGUUCCUCCGGCCUCCUCUGUGACCGAUUCACUGGAGACUGUGUGUGUGAAAGUGAAGGAGAGGACUGUAAACAAGACUCGUCGGAGCAGUCGGGGAGCGUCAUGGUCCCCCUUCCUCCUGGGGAGAGGGAGUCGUGGGGAGCCAUCGGCGGCAUCGUGGUGCUGGUCAUCCUGGUGGUGCUGCUGCUGGCUCUGCUGCUGCUCUACCGCCGCAGGCAGAAGGACAAACAGAACAACACGCCCACCGUGUCCUUCUCCACCAGCCGCACGGUCAACUCUGAAUACGCCGUUCCAGAUGUUCCUCACAGCUACCACCACUACUACUCCAACCCCAGCUACCACACACUGAGCCAGAACAGGCCUCCGCUGCCGCACCUCCCCAACAACCACGACCGCACCAUCAAGAACACCAACAACCAGCUGUUCUGCAGUGUGAAGAACAUGGAGAGGGAGCGCCGCGGCCUGUUUGGGGUCGAGAGCAACGCCACUCUGCCUGCAGACUGGAAACACCACGAGCCUCGCAAAGACUCAGGAGCUUUUGGAAUCGAUAGGAGCUACAGCUACAGCGCCAGCCUCGGAAAAUAUUACAACAAAGAGCUGAAGGACACGGUGGCGGUGAGCAGCAGCUCUCUGAACAGCGAGAAUCCUUACGCCACCAUCAAAGACCUGCCCGGCCUGCCCUUCUGCCCCCCAGAGAGCAGCUACAUGGAGAUGAAGUCGGCCGUGCCCAGAGAGCGAGCGUACACCGAGAUCAGCCCGCCGCCGUUCAACACGGCCACCUUACGCAGAGAGCGUCAGAGCUCCCUCGGUCACGCCCCCCACGAGGACCCUCAGAGCCACUACGACCUCCCCGUGAACAGCCACAUCCCGGGACACUACGACCUGCCGCCGGUUCGCCGCCCCCCCUCCCCCAGGAGAGCGCCUCAGUGACGGCCGCAGCAGCAGCGGAGCUCGCUUCCCUCCUCCUCCUCCUCCUCCUCCUCCUCUCUGAAGGGAGGAUUUCAGGCCUGUGAUCGCGAAGACAGAGCAAACUUUUUACGCUCUUAGAGCUGCAGACCACCCACAGAGCAGCCUGGCCUUCUGUCCCGCUGAGGAGCUUUUGUUUACGGACCCCUGUCGACUCGACACCGCCCCCCUGUGGCUGAAAGUGGUACUUGCUUCACCGUGACAGACUUGUCAUCCAGAGCGGGGAGCCAGCAGGCUGCGGUGAGGAGGGCCGGACUGUGGCGACGCCAGCGGAGCUUCAGCUGCAUUCACGUCCCAUGGGAAAAAUACUUCACGGUUCAAAGCAGCAACUUGGGAAAGUUUAUGUUUUUUAACUCAUCUAAACAAGCUGUAAUUAAAGUUUCCCACACAUUUUGCUUGCUACUGGUGAGCAUCUUCAAAAGGCGCCUUUUAUCAGAAUACAAAGUUUUUAAUCAUCAAAAAACAUAAUGAACACUUUUUAGUAAAAUUUAGGUUAAAUUUACAACAUUUUUAACAGGAAACUUUGAUGAACUCAUCACAGCUCAACUUUUUCAUUUGCUCGUUUGAAAACCUUGUAGAUCUGAAAACAAUGACACAAAGUCAUGGGACCUCUUAAGAUAUGUAGGGGUUUGUUUUGUAUAGCAAAAAUACUGCCAGUCUUUUUUUUUGAGACACAUUAUUUAAAAAAUGAAUUAUUACAAAUGCAUUCAUGUCCCAUGGGGAAAAUACUUCACGGUCCAAAGCAACAAAGUUUAUGUUUUUUAACUCAUCUAAACAUGCUGUAAUUAAAGUUUCUCACUCAUUUUGCUUGAGCAUGUUCAAAAUACUCCUAUUUUUAAUCAGAAUACAAAGUUUUUAAUCAUCAAAAAACAUAAUUAACACUUUGAAGUAUUUCGUUAAGUCUAAAAACCUCAUAAUUCUGAAAAAAAUAAAGAGACAAAGUUCAUGGGACCUCUGAAGAUAUAAAGGAGUUUGUUUUGUAUAGCAAAAAUACUGCCAGUCUUUUUUCUGAGACACAUUAUUAAAAAAAUUCUGUUUUUAUUGUUGAUAUUCAGAAGAAGUCAGGUUGUUUCAUUCAAGCACCAAAGAUUUCAACGCUUAACAGAUUUUUUAUAUUUCAUAUCACAUGUCCGCUGUUUGUUUAAACAAAUGUGGCUCACUUAUGCUGCUUUCAGAUAGAAACAUUGUAAAUAUACAAAAGGAUAUAUUGUUCGCUUCAGCUCGUUUUAAGAUGUUUAAAGAAGUUUGUGACCAAAGAUGACACACAUCUGCUCACUUAGAGAUACCAAAAGCUCGCCGUGAGCUCAAACACCGUUUAUGUUGUGAAAAAUAAGCAGUCAUGAAAUCAAAGCAGCAUUAUGAAUGUCAAUGCAGAGUCCGACAGUUCGGUAUUUAAAGGGCCGGUUCACCCAAAAUACCAAAACAAAAAGUCUCAUUUCACAGUACUCUGGUUUUUAAAUUGUUUUUGUCAACCAAAACCUUGUGUUGCCUCUGAAACACUUACAAAAUGCUAAAAUGUGUUUGGGUUUUUUUUGUUUCAAAUGAAGUUAAUUGUUUUGUCAAUUAGAUAACAGAAACUCUGCAUACCAGAAAGAAUGUACAUUUUUGCUUUAAAUGCUAGAGUUUUGGGUAAAGCUUCAGCUUUUUGUAUUUUUUUAUGUAUGGACAUAUAUUUUUGAAUGUAACAAUGGGAACAUGUGUAUAUAAUGUAAAUAA